AUGAUAUCUCUUAUCUUGUUGGAUACAAUUUUGACAAGGCGGCACCUUAUAUCUGAUGUUUACGACUCAUGGUGUGUUGUAGAGGAACUCGUUGGCCUAUUAUUACGGGUAUUUCUAACCAUACUCUUUUCUCUCCGAGCCUCUAUAUCUAAUCCCUCACCUGAAUCCAAUCCGGCACGAACAUAUCUCGCAUCUCACUUCGCCUCCCAUGGUCAUCACAACGGAACAAAAGCAGGAAACCCUCUCCAUUGGACGGCUGAAAAUACUAUAACAUUCUGCGACCUGCUCAUACAACUCCUCCAUGCGCUCCUGGUCUUCACCAUCUAG